UGAUCUCUCCGUCGAGGCUUGCGGCUCUGGGAUUCGCCGUCGCCCCGCAGCUCCGAGCCUCUCCCCUCGGCUGCUGAGCCGAUCCUCCAGGAGGAGGACGGAGCUGGAUCCCGGCACAAACUUCCAGAUUGCCCGGCCGCACCUUCGCAAAAAAAAAGUGGACGCUAUCGCCCUCCUCUUCUUCCUCCCCCCCCCCAAUUUCUCUGCCUCCCUCCGGACCACGCUGCCAUUCUGUUUUAGGAAACUGAAUCGCGACUUUUCUGUCUCUCUCUGUGUGAAGAGAAGCUGAUCCUUUUGUUUUUACAAAAAAAAACACAUUGUGUCUUUGCUUUUCCCCCAACCCCCCACCUCAGCCGGAGUCGCUGCUGACUGACUGUUGUACCAUGAGCUCCCUUAAUCCAAACUGUGCUGUCGGAGCUCCCCUCGUCUUUUAGCACAAAGGGACUUUUUUUUUAAACAAAAUCUCCUCGCCUGCAGCCCGGAGGACUUGCUGCUUUGUUGUGUAGCAUUGGGAGUGGUUCUGAUCGUGAGCGGCGUGGCCGUAGACUCUUCACAGCUUUUCUCUUGUGUUGUGGGCUUGCAUCUUGUUCAUCGAUCGUUGGAAUUGUAUCUCCCUCUUCUCCCCCUCCCGUGGGGUUCUUUCCCCUUUUACCCCUUCCCCUAAUCGGGGAUACAUUGUUUAAAAGAUGUAUCCUCAAGGCAGGCACCCGGCUCCUCAUCAACCUGCUCAACCAUUUAAAUUCACCGUGGCGGAAUCGUGCGACCGCAUCAAGGAAGAAUUUCAGUUCUUGCAAGCUCAGUAUCACAGUUUAAAAAUGGAAUGUGAUAAACUGGCAAACGAAAAAACAGAGAUGCAGCGUCAUUAUGUUAUGUAUUACGAGAUGUCUUAUGGGUUGAAUAUUGAGAUGCAUAAGCAGACUGAAAUUGCCAAAAGGCUAAACACGAUCUUGGCACAAAUCAUGCCAUUUCUUUCACAAGAGCAUCAGCAGCAAGUGGCACAAGCUGUUGAGCGUGCCAAGCAGGUGACUAUGACGGAACUAAAUUCGAUCAUCGGGGUACGUGGAGUUCCCAAUCUGCCUCUCACACAGCACCAUGCUAUCUACCCACCUCUCACGCAGCAGCAGCUCCAGGCCCAGCACCUCUCGCACACCCACCCACCCGCUGUCCAAAUGCCACCCCAUCCAUCAACCCUGCAGCCUCCAGGCAUCCCCCCAGUUACUGGCAGCACCUCUGGUCUCCUGGCACUUUCCAGUGCUCUGGGAAGCCAGGCUCACCUGUCAGUGAAGGACGAGAAGAAUCACCAUGAGUUGGAUCACAGAGAGAGAGAAUCCAGCGUGAAUAACUGUAUCUCACCAUCAGACAGUCUGAGGCCCGAGAGGAACAGCAGGAGUUCCUCAGAGUAUCUGGAUGCAAAGAAACGAAAGGUGGAAGAGAAGGAGGCCAUGAACAGAUAUGACAGUGACGGUGAUAAAAGCGAUGACUUGGUUGUAGAUGUUUCCAAUGAGGACCCAGCUACACCCCGUGUUAGCCCCGCUCACUCGCCGCGGGAGAAUGGCCUGGACAAGGCCCGAGGGAUAAAGAAAGAUGCACCCAACAGCCCAGCCUCUAUUGCAUCAUCAAGCAGCACCCCCUCGUCAAAAACAAAAGAUAUUGGACAUAAUGAUAAAUCAUCGACUCCCGGGCUGAAGUCAAAUACGCCAACCCCACGGAAUGACGCCCCGACUCCCGGUACCAGUUCAACACCAGGACUGAGAGCAGGGAAACCCCCAAGUGUGGACUCGCUAGCACCGACUCUUCGUGCCCCGAUCUCUCUGACUGGCUCGUAUGCCCCAUUUGCGAUGAUGUCUCACCAUGAGAUGAACGGCACACUGACCAGUCCAGGAGCUUACCCUGGUCUCCACAGCAUCUCACCGCAGAUGAGCGCUGCAGCGGCCGCCUAUCGAUCUCCUAUGGUGAGCUUUGGAGGUGUCAGCUUUGACCCUCAUUCGCACAUGCGAGCGCCUGGACUCCCUGCCAGUCUUGCCUCAAUACCUGGAGGGAAACCAGCGUAUUCCUUUCACGUGAGUGCAGAUGGACAGAUGCAGCCCGUUCCCUUUCCCCCCGAUGCCUUGAUUGGGCCUGGUAUCCCACGACACGCCCGGCAGAUCAACACGCUGAACCACGGCGAAGUGGUGUGCGCCGUCACCAUCAGCAACCCCACGCGGCACGUGUACACAGGAGGCAAAGGCUGUGUGAAAAUCUGGGACAUCAGCCAACCAGGCAGCAAGAGCCCUGUCUCCCAGUUAGAUUGCCUUAACAGAGAUAAUUACAUCCGUUCCUGCAAACUCCUCCCGGAUGGCCGUACGCUGAUUGUGGGAGGGGAAGCGAGCACGCUAACAAUAUGGGAUCUCGCUUCCCCCACGCCAAGGAUCAAGGCUGAGCUCACCUCUUCGGCGCCUGCCUGCUACGCGCUGGCCAUCAGCCCUGACGCUAAAGUCUGCUUCUCUUGCUGCAGCGAUGGGAACAUUGCUGUCUGGGACCUACACAACCAAACACUGGUCAGGCAAUUUCAAGGGCACACAGAUGGUGCCAGUUGUAUUGACAUCUCCCAUGAUGGCACAAAGUUAUGGACGGGUGGCCUGGACAACACAGUGAGAUCGUGGGACCUGCGAGAAGGAAGACAGCUCCAACAGCAUGACUUUACCUCACAGAUCUUCUCUCUGGGUUAUUGCCCCACUGGGGAGUGGUUAGCAGUGGGGAUGGAGAGCAGUAAUGUCGAAGUGCUACAUCACACCAAACCUGACAAGUAUCAGCUGCAUUUGCACGAGAGCUGUGUCCUGUCACUGAAGUUUGCAUACUGUGGAAAGUGGUUUGUCAGCACUGGUAAGGAUAACCUGCUGAAUGCUUGGAGGACACCAUAUGGUGCCAGUAUAUUCCAAUCAAAGGAAUCAUCGUCUGUACUAAGUUGUGACAUCUCCGCUGAUGACAAGUACAUUGUCACAGGGUCAGGUGACAAGAAAGCAACAGUUUACGAAGUCAUCUACUGACGGUGGUGGGACUGAACGGCACUUUAAACUGUGGAGUUCGGGGACCGAGUCACUCUGGUUCAAAACACAGCUUUUAAAAAAUGAACAGGGACGUAUUUGGCAUUGUCGUCAAGCUAACGAGGCCUAGUUAACUAGUUGUUUACUAGUUUCCAGACUUGUCUGUCUGGGAAAUGCAGGACUUGCGACUGGAAGCAUUACAAAGUCUGCCUCUGAACAAACGCUUGUGGUGGCCAGAUGGAAUCCGAGAUAUUUUGAGUUUUAUAAUUUCUCCAAGGUUGGUGUUGAAGACUUUCCUUUUCUUCGUUUAACCUGCAGCGGUAAAUCUAUUGAGCACAGAAAGCAGGAUAGUCCUGCUGAUAGAGACUGUGUGUGUGUGUGUGUGAGUGAGAGAGACAGAGAGCGAGAGCUUUUGAACCUCCGAGUGAAGCAGUGCUUCAUUAUCCUGGAUGUAUUACACAGUGUACUGUAAAUAUUUGACAGUGGGUGAACUUUUACGCCUGACCCUAGAUGCGUCCAGUGACCUUCUGAGUAUGUUCUCUCAGUCCAAUGAGAGUGUGGCACCAGUUCCUCAUCCAAGCUGAGAGAGGUUUGAAUCUUUUUUUAUUGCCACUGGAAUCUGAAGCGAAUUUGUUGGUUUGGAAAAGAAUGGAUGAGUGGCAUUGGGGAAGAUGGGGAGAGAGAAAAAGGCAAAACUUUAAUAAAGUUGCAAUUUUCUCCCAUGGUCAAUCAAAACAUCAAGCAUCUACUUUUGGUUCAAGUGCAGCGUUGUUGAGCAGCCCCUAUUCUCCUCGCCCUCUCCCCUCCUGCUCUGACGCAGAGGGGCUGAAGAGAUCGAUCUGGAAAAUGCAAUGUUGGUGACACAGCUCAGGGAAUCAGUGGAACGGAUUCGAGUGACUUUUCCUUUCUCUUCUUAAAUUUGCCUCUUGAAUACAAACAGAAAUUCUUUGGAUCUCACUGAUGAAGACUGUGGACUUUUCUGAUGUGAAUUUUGUAAAUGUCGGCCAACAGGUUUUAACCCUUUCCCCACCCCAACACUGGUUUCUCCGCUUUGCACAAUCUGAUGCAUACAGCCUAGGCUCUGUUAUAGUCUGGUUCUGGAUAUGUUUAAUUCCCAGGUCACCUGUGGCACAGUAUUGCCAUAUUAAAAUGUCUUGGUUAUUUUUAAUUUUAAUUUUUGAACAGCAAGAAUCUGAUCUGGAUAGUGUCUCCAAACUAACAUGUAUGUGUGCUGUUUCCAUUCCUCCCUUUCAAAGCAAUGAUGGUACACUAGUAUUCAUUUUGAUUUGUCCCAGUAAAUACAGCUUCACAGAGCAGCGAGGAUCAGCUCAGACUGAAGUUUCUGGGAAGGUGCAUUUAGGUCUGGAGGAAGGGUGCUGAGCUCUGUAUGGGGAUGUGGGCCCCUCUCCGUGUAUGGGGAAUAUGUGGGGAGGGGGGUUAUGUGUGUCUGGGUGUAUAAGAAGGGUAGGUUCAAGUGUGGGGGAUGUAUAACACUGCAGUGUGGUGUGUGAUGGGUAUGUGGUGCAAGUGGUGGUGGUGUGUAUGGGGGUGAUGGUGGUAGGUAUAUGGAGGGGCUGGUGCCUGUGGUGGCUGUAUGGGUGGAGGGAGCCUGUGGAGUGCCUGUGAUAGGUAUAUGGUGCAGGGAGAGUGUCUGUGGUGGGUAUGUGAGCAAGGUGUCAAUGGUGAGUAUAUUGCAGGGGGAGAGGGGUUGAUGGGUAUGUGGUGUGUAUCUGUGGUUUGAAUAUGGGGGUGGGGGUGGGGGUGGCUGUGGAGAGAGCUUGGUGUGGUACCAAUAUCGAAAACCUGAUGCCUGCAUCCCUCAAGUUGAAGUCUCUACCCUUCCUGUAGCUUUGUCACUGCCCAUGGUAGGAGAGGGACCUUUGUGAUUCUCCUAGACUUAUCAUUUUUUGCAUUAUUUUUAAUCCCCUUCCAAUCCUGUCUCCUUCAGUGUAAGUUGCUGUGAGGUCACUAUCAAUGAUUCAUGCUGUAGCAACGAGACUGGGGUUUGGUGCGUGCUGUUCAGUGACAGUUGCUAUUAGAAUUCAAUCUUUCGGCGCAUUAUGUAAAGUAGUUCAGUCCCUUCUCCAUCUGAAUCCUAUAACCAGGGUUCUCGUCACCAACAUUACUCGAGAAGUCAGUUAGUUUGAAUGUGUUUCUAGUUUUGGUGAGCUAAUGUUUUGCUGAUUCAUUUAUUUCCCUUUUUUUUUCGCUGUAAUGAGCGAUUUAUGUAAAUGUUCACUAACUCCCUCCCACCUAAUCCCAGCCCAAAGGUAAUCUAAUUGGCAGGACUUAUUUUGGGUUUAAUUUUUUUCUAAUGCUUGUGUCAAAAUUUUGUUUUUUUUAAGUAAACACAAAACUGAGCAAAAAUGUACAUAAAUGUGUAAAUGCUGGUGCUGAGUCAUCUAGAAACCACUUGAUAAGUCGGUGAAGUGUUUAAGUCAAAAUCUUCAACACCGGGAUAUGUAGCAACUUAACUUUGUGAUUUCAGAAGAUGAUGUACAGUUGUUAAUACUUCAAUAAAAGUUUUUUUUUAAAAA